CAUCGCGCCAAUAUGGCCGGCCAGUGUCGGCUGUCUGCAACGCGACAGCAGUGAAAGCGAGUUGUCCGGGAGGCGCUGAACCACACUGGAGGUAGGUCCAGGGAAAUAUGUCGGACUAUCUAAGGUCCGCACUCGGGUACCUGAACGGCGGCACCGGCGGCGGCAACGAGUACGUCGGCCAGACGUUGGACAUCAACAAUGUGAAGCUGCGAGUGACGCGACUGAUCGCCGAGGGUGGAUGGGCUCUGGUGUUUGCGGUAGAAGAUGUUGCUACUGGAAAAGAAUAUGCGCUUAAGAGACUUAUUGCUGUUGAUGAGGAUGCAAACAAUAGUAUCAUAAGAGAAAUAGAUACGUUGAAGAGACUGUCGGGUCAUCCAAAUAUUAUUCAGUUCUUGUACGCUCAACGGCUGGAACGGGAGGAUCGUAAGGGUUACGAAUAUUUGGUCGUCACCGAAUUAUGUCCUGGCGGUACCUUAGCGGAUAUACUCAGAAAUGUGUCUGCGAAUACAUUGACCCUCGCCCAGGUAUGCAAGAUAGCGUAUCAAGCAACACGAGCAGUGCAUCACAUGCAUAGCCAGCAGCCGGAACCCUUCGUACAUCGUGACAUUAAGCUGGAAAACUUUCUACUCGGAAGAGAUGGCCUUGUGAAACUAUGCGACUUUGGUAGCGCGACGACUCAACAAAUAUUACCGGAUCCAUCAUGGAACGCUCAAAGACGGUCCACACUAGAGGAUCAAAUGGCCAAGUAUACAACUCCGAUGUACCGCGCCCCGGAGAUGAUGGAUACUUGGAACAAUGAACCUAUAGGGCCUCCAGUGGAUUGCUGGGCUUUAGGAUGUAUAUUAUAUUCUUUGAUUACAUUGCGGCAUCCAUUCCCUGAAGGUAACAAGCUAGCAAUCGUGAAUGGCAAAUAUCCACCGUUACCACCUAAUCCACGGUACGCGUGUUUGCAUGACCUGGUGAAAGGAUGUCUGCAAGUCUCGCCCAUACAAAGGUCGACCACGGCGCAACUCCUGGAACGCCUGGCAGCAAUUGCUGAAUCGAACGAGUUCGACCUUAGAGAACCGCCGCGAAUCGAAGUCGCGGCCAGGCCGUCACCGCCCCCGCGUCCAACGCCGCCACCACCAGCACCGACGUCAUCGAAUAUGCCUGCGCCACCUCCUCGUCCCUCCCAACCACCGGUAACGAUGCCACCACCGAGACCGGCGCCCGUGCAGACAGCGGUGUCCAAAGUCCCGGCAACUCAUCAAGCUACAACGGGCCUAUUCAAUUCGCUGAGAGGCGGCGCCGGUAGCAUCUUGCGCAACCUGAAGGAUACCUCGAGCAAGGUGAUGCAUACUGUUCAGCAGAGCAUGGCCAGAACAGAGUUAGAUGCGAGUUAUCUGACGUCACGGAUACUCGUUAUGCCGUAUCCGGCCGAUGGAAUCGAGUCCGCCUAUCGCGCCAAUCAUGUGGAGGACGUGAGGGCCUUUCUCCAGACUAGGCAUCCACCACCCGCCAAGAUUCAGCUGUACAAUCUGUCCCGCGGCCGGCCGAACGUCACGAGGCUUCCCGGCAGACACAUCGAUUGCUCGUUUGCCUAUGCUACGCCGGAAUCGAACGCGCCUAUGCUGUUUGCACUGUACCAGAUCUGUCAAGAUAUCUAUCAGUAUUUGAGCGCCGACUUCAAUCACGUGGUGGUGCUGUAUUGUACCGAUGGAUACCGAGCAAGCGCCACGGUAGCGUGCACUCUACUGAUUCACUGCAGAGUCCUGACCACAGCCGAGGAGGCUAUCGCCUUAUUCACGACGCGACGUUGCCAGCCGCCGCACUUGCAGCCUUCAGAAUUGCGCAGUAUUAAUUACAUGAGUUUAUUGAGCAGCGGCCAGCUACCUCAUACCAAGCCGUUGGUCUUCCGAUCCGUUGUCAUACAACCGGUACCAUUGUUCACUAGAGCGAAGGAUGGUUGCCGGCCUUACAUAGAGAUCUACAGCAACGGCGCGUUGGUUUUCACGACGAAGAAAGCCAUCUAUGAAGAGAUGAAGCUGUUUGGGAUGAUGGAAGGCAAGGUCUGCUUGAUCUUAGGAGAUGCGGCUGUGCGAGGUGACGUCACUAUAGUGAUAAAUCAUGCCAGGCAACAACUCGGUCGGGUGAUCGGCAUCAAAAUCGCCUCGCUGCAUUUCCAUACCGGUUACGUACCCAUCACUGAGAGCGCCUUGACAUUUGAGAAGCGCGACCUGGAUGACGCGCCUGAGAUUGGUGGCAAAUUCUGCAUCGUGCUAAACAUUAUGAUAGGUGAGGAAAAUUCAAAGCUAUCGAGAGUGCCGGCGCCGUGGGAAGCAGAAACGUCUGUCAACCUCGUCCCAGAUCCCCUGUUCGGUUCGACGUUAGAGAUGGAGGAGACUCUAGAGAAUUUUAGGACCGCUCCUCACUCGGAAGAGACUCAAAAAGCACCAUCGAACGAAACUGAUAGGGUAUCCCAACAGGAAGCGAUACCUGUAGAGCCGGAGAAUCCGGAAGAGGAAGAAACGAGCACAAAUGAAGAGAGUAAUUUUCAGGAGGCUGAUUUGCUGAAUCUUGGCAUGCCGGACAAUGCUAAUAAUACCUCAAAUACUCCCGCCUCUAAGGCGGCAAAUCCAGGUUUAGAUAUCUUUUCUGGUUCUAGUCAGAACGAAAGCGAUCUCUUAGGCGGUUUCGGCGUGUCGGCGCCCCAGACCGAGACUGCCAAUCCUCCCUUAAUUAACAAUAGCGCCUCAGCUGAUUUAUUGUUCGGACACGGUAACUCCGCGACGAGGAGAACCGCCAACAACAAUAAUCUGAAUAUGAACGAUCUAUUCUUCGGACAAAAUCAGACGACGUCGGGUAAUGUCAAACAACAAAUCAACGACAUGCUGUUCGAUCCGCUGGGUGGAAAUUCGGCGAGCAAUCUUCUCGGUGGCCUCGCCGCGGAUUCUACCGCAAGGUCAAAUACCGCCAAAAGUCCGAAUGCCGAGGAGAAUCUACCACGAAAUGCCAGCGUGCCGAACUUUGCCGCUCAGUCAGUCAAUAAAGAUCCGUUUGCCAAUCUGGCCGGAUCGUUGGGAGCAGGUCUCACGGGCAGUUGGAAUGGUACGCCUAGGAACUCGAGUACCCCGCAGUCGGCAAGUCCGGCGCCCGCAAGCACGCCGAUUCACUCCAGUCCGAACACGAUGCACAGAUCCAACGCGGCGACUAACGAUAAUAACGCAAACAGCGGUACUGCGGACACGUUUGGCGGUAAAGCGAAGGAGAAGACGAGCGAUGCGUUUGAAGAUCUCCUUGGCAGUCAGGGAUACAAUUUCUUCAGCUCGCGCAAAGCCGACAAGGACAGUCCGAAGACAAUAAAUCAGAUGCGGAAGGUAGAAGCGGCCAAGACGAUGGAUCCUGAUAGGUUGAAGAUAGCCGAGUGGACGGAGGGCAAGAAAGGGAAUCUACGAGCUUUGCUUUGCACGUUGCAUACUGUCCUGUGGCCUGAGGCUGACAGAUGGCAACGUUGCGAGAUGCAUCAAUUGGUCACGGCUGCGGAUGUCAAGAAAGCAUACAGAAAAGCCUGUUUGGCUGUGCAUCCGGAUAAGCAAGCCGGUACGGCGAAUGAGAAUAUAGCAAAGUUAAUUUUUAUGGAGCUGAACAACGCGUGGAGCACUUUCGAGAAUGACGCGUCGCAACAAAAUCUAUUUAGCUAAUUUUAAUGACCGUUAUCUGUUAUCGAGAGAAUCUGUUUCUGUAAUUAAUUAAUUUAGUUCCUAGCGGAAGGGGAGCUAAGAGCGGGCGGGGAUCUUAUCUGUGAGAUAACCGCAUAACUGCAUUCCGUUAUUUUAGCUGUAGAGAGCGAGAGAGAAAGAUAGAGCGUGUGUGAGAGAGAAAGAGAGAUAAGGUGCAAAAAAAAAAAGAGAAAAAGGCGACAGAGCGAGAUUGACGAAGCAACGCUUCGAGAUAUGUCUCCUUAUUGUUUCAACGCCUUGUGAACCUAGUUAAAACCUCAAUUAUGACGGUAUGGCGUAAUAUAUAUGUAUAUAAUGCAAAUGUACAUUAAAAAGAAGAUCCCAAAUAUACGAAGCUAUUUUCCGGCCGAAAGAAAGCUUUGUAAACUAUUAUUUGUCAUAGAUAUAAAAAUUUGAACAUUUUUGUAGAAGUAUUCUGCUGUACUCAUACGUCACAAUAUUUAUUAGCAUCUGCUUGGUCAUGAAAAUGAUUGUGAAAUAUAUGAAUAGUAGCAUAGAUGUUAUAAUACUAUUUAUCUUUUCUUAUUAUAUGAAAUAUUAAUUAUUGGUAUAAUAAUCAUUUUUUUAAAUAAAAUUUAAAACAGAAUACUGCUACUAGAAAAUGCUCCUUGAUUUUGAAGAUGUUAACUUUGGGAUUUGAAAAAAGAAAUAGCUCUACAUACAGAAUAAAGAUUAAUUUAACAAGA